CGAGGGUUUAACAGCGACACCAUGGCGACGUUUCUACAGUGGCGGAAAUUUGUCUUUUUCGAUAAAGACACAGUGAAAGAUCCAGUGGAUAAUGGACAAAGCUUUGUCCUUCCCAAAGGUAUAUCGGCAAGUGACUCCGGCCGGGGUCAUAUUGUUCUCGGAGAUAUGGAUGGCAAGAUCUGGCUCUUGAUGCGCUCCCUGCAGCUGACUUCUUUUCAGGCUUACAAAUUGCGCGUGACACACCUUUACCAGCUGAAACAGCACAGCAUCCUUGUAUCAGUGGGGCAGGAUGAGCAUGGAAUCAACCCUCUAGUAAAGGUCUGGAACCUUGAUAAAAGAGAUGGUGGAAAUCCGCUCUGCACACGGAUUUUUCCUGCGAUUCCUGGCAACAAACCAACUGAAGUGUCUUGUCUCAGCAUACAUGAAAACCUCAACUUCAUGGCCAUUGGGUUUACAGAUGGCAGCGUGGUCUUGACUAAGGGUGAUAUCACCAGAGAUCGUCACAGUAAAACUGUGACUCUGCACGAGGGGAGUAGUCCAGUCACGGGCCUCGCCUUCCGCCAAAUGGCAAAAGUUACCAAUUUAUUUGUUGCCACUCUGGAGAGAGUCUAUAGCUACACCCUGUCCAACAAGGAAUAUCCCAAGAUAGAGUUGGAUUCACACGGUUGUGCGUUACACUGCUCGUCUUUGGCAGAUCCAUCCCAGGAUUCCCAGUUCAUCGUGGCCAGUGAUGAAUGUGUGUACCUAUACCAGCCUGAUGAACGAGGACCCUGCUUUGCUUUUGAUGGGCAAAAGCUUUUGGCCCACUGGCAUCGUGGAUAUUUGUUCUUGCUCAUCAGGGAUGUGAAGUCACCCAACAAAACCGGGUUUGGCAGCAGGGAGCGCUUCCAGCCAGACAAACAUCUUUUAACCGUGUAUGAUCUGGACAACAAGUUCAUCGCCUACAGUGCAUCUUUUGAUGACGUCAUAGACGUGGUGGCGGAGUGGGGCUCCUUCUAUAUUCUGACCAGAGAUGGAACAAUGUUUGUUCUGCAGGAGAAAGACACACAGACCAAGCUUGAGAUGCUGUUUAAGAAGAACCUGUUUGUGAUGGCCAUAAAUCUGGCUAAGAGCCAGCACCUGGACAGUGACGGACUUUCAGAGAUCUUUCGGCACUACGGUGAUCACCUUUACCUAAAGGGAGAUCACGACGGGGCCAUCCAGCAGUACAUCCGCACCAUUGGAAAACUGGAGCCUUCAUAUGUCAUAAGAAAAUUCCUGGAUGCACAAAGGAUCCACAACCUCACAGCGUAUCUGCAAGCCCUUCAUAGGCAGUCGUUGGCCAAUGCAGAUCACACCACGCUGCUUCUGAACUGUUACACCAAGCUGAAGGACAGUUCCAAGCUGGAUGAGUUCAUUAAGAGCAGUGAAAACGAGGUCCACUUUGAUGUGGAAAUUGCCAUCAAGGUUCUCCGUCAGGCCGGCUACCACGGCCACGCCGUGUUCUUGGCUGAGAAGCACAAGCACCAUGAAUGGUACCUGAAAAUCCAGCUGGAAGACCUCAAGAACUAUCAGGAAGGGCUGUUUUACAUUGGGUGUCUGCCUUUUGAACAAGCUGAAAGCAACAUGAAGCGUUACGGCAAAACGCUGAUGCACCACGUUCCUGAGGGCACCACGUUGCUUCUUAAGGGUUUGUGUACCAACUACCACCCCAGUGGAGCUGCUGCUGAAGUCGGCAGCCUGGACAGGGGACACGUCAGCAAGGCAAACUCCGAAGAAUUCAUCCCUAUUUUUGCUAAUAACCCGCGAGAGCUGAAAGCCUUCCUGGAGCACAUGAUUGAGGUUGACACCUGCUCUCCCCAGGGUGUGUAUGACACACUGCUUGAACUCCGACUGCAAGACUGGGCACAUGAAAAAGACAUUGAGAGGAAGAGAGUCCUGCAGGGGGAAGCUGUAUCACUGCUGAGGAGUGUCAACACUGUGUUUGAUAAAGCCCUGGUCCUUUGCCAAAUGCACAACUUUAAAGAAGGCAUCCUCUACCUUUACGAGAAAGGAUCCUUGUACCAGCAAAUUAUGCACUACCACAUGCAGAACGAGGAGUAUGGAAAAGUAGUGGAAGCCUGCAAGCGCUUUGGAGACCAAGAGGGAUGCCUCUGGGAGCAGGCGCUCGGAUACUUUGCUAGAAAGGAAGAAGACUGCAAGGCUUAUAUCGGUGAAGUCUUACAUCAUAUUGAUGAGAAAAACCUGAUGCCUCCGUUACUUGUGGUGCAGACGCUGGCUCAUAACUCAACAGCCACGCUCUCAGUUAUCAAGGAUUACCUCAUCAAUAAGCUGCAGAGAGAGACGCAGCAAAUAGAGGACGACGAACACAAAAUCAGCCAGUAUCGUGAGGAAACUGCUCAUCUACGCUCUGAGAUCCAAGAGCUAAAGACAAGUGCCAAGAUAUUCCAGAAGACCAAGUGUAACAUGUGCAACAGUCCCUUGGAGCUUCCAUCGGUUCAUUUCCUGUGCAGCCACUCAUUCCACCAACACUGCUUUGACAGCUAUGCAGAGACCGAAUCAGAGUGUCCAACUUGCACACCAGAGAACCGCAAAAUCAUGGAUAUGCUGCGUGCUCAGGACCAGAAGCGCAACCUCCACGACCAUUUUACCCGACAGUUACAUGGCUCCAACGACGGUUUCUCAGUUGUGGCUGACUAUUUUGGCCGAGGAGUGUUUAACAAACUGACGUUGGUCACUGAUCCGCCUGGAAGUAAAACUGUGGGGAGUCUUGAGGUCAACCUGCAGAGAGAUCUUCUCAUCCAUACCAAGAGAAAUAGCUAGAAACCUCCGCCUGUAAUCACAAUCAAGACAACACUCCGUCCUGUUCGACAUCAGUGUAACCUCCUGACCACAUGCUUUGCAACAAAACUGGACAUUCAGGCGUAAAUGUGUUCCAGUCUCGGCUUACUAAACUUGCAGAAUCACGUUAUGGGAGAUUUUGGUAAUGUUUGUUUUGUGUCAUUCUAAAAGCCGACAUCUUCUGUAUUCAACAAUGUUAGUAAUUAAAUUGUACAUGACACUCUUAAUGAUUAAAACUUAAUUGAAGCUGAUAAUUAAAGUUGUGAAAGGCAUGAUGUUUUUGCUUUUUUUUUUAUUUACCUUUGGUUAAUUAAUAUAUAUGUACUGUAUAUUCACACAUAUUAAGAUGUAAAGCCAUCAAAAACUUUAUUCUAAAUAAA